AUGACUCGCGCAUCGAAAAUUUCAUUCAGCCUAGGGCCGGUUAGGGGCGCUACACCCCCUUUGCCAACAUGGCUGUCGCGGUCUGAUACUACGCACGAGCCACCACGCAUCCGGACGCCCGUGCCACUGUUAUCAAGAAAACGCAGCAAUACGCGCAAGCGGAAAAAUCACGCCACGAGAACGAAGAAAUUCGUCAAGCUGGCGCCGUUCAAGCUCCGUUUCUCGAAGAUGCUGAAAUCGCGCAGCUCCGGCGAUAGUCGCAGCAACAGCGUGGAAUCCGAGGAACAGCAACGGCAAAUUAAUCAGUCGUUGCCGUCGGGUACAGACGAGUUUGCGGAUGUACCCGAGGCGGAAACGGACAAGAAUUGUUUGUCGGUUAGGAACGAGCAGACGAUUCCCAGCUCGCCUCCGCCCUCGUACGAGCACGUUCUCGAAGAGACACGAAUGGAAUCAUCAGCUAUCGCAAAGGAGGGGGACAAGGAGAAGCAGGUUCCCAGUAACGAAAAGAGCAUGGAAGACGACGAAGACGGUGACGGGGGUGACGAUGGAAGUGGCGGACCUGGGGGUGGGGACAGGAAAGCAGCCAAAGGACCGAAGAUACUUCAUAAAUCGAGCAAAGAGUUCUACAAGGCAAUGGCGAAGCAGUGGGGCAUAACUUGCAAAAUGAGCGAUCAUUGCAGAUGUUUGGAUUGCCAGAGCCACUACUUCGAUUGCGACUACGACAAGGGCGAGCAAGGGAAGGGCGACGGCGGCCUCAGCGCCGGUACGCCGAUGUUCAUCUCCGAGGUGAUGCACGGCACCGCCUGUGCCCUCCUGUAAAUCGCCGCGUUCUUCCGGUUCCGCUUCUUUCCUCGACGGGAAUGACGUCUAUCUGAUUACCACACGCACAAAACAGGAAUCAGCGCCUAAAGAACGACGGGGGAGCUUCAUGCAUUUAUAUUAUGUACAAGAUAUGCAAUGUCGGUGAGACAUCGCGCGUAUUUCAAUAUGAGAGAAAAAAAAGAAGCUACACACGCGCGCGCGAUGAAAUAUAAAGGCCUCGUAAGCUUUCGACGUACGAAGGUGCGAGAUAAAUUAUUUUGAGAUUAGACUACUAAGACGCAGAGCACAUCUAAAGACAACCAACGUAUAAUUGCGCUGCUCUUAUACGAAGAGAAAACAAGAGGCAAACCCUUAGGUUUUUCUAUGUAUAGGAGUUGUCCAUUUAUCGGACGUAAAGUAGAGUAGAAGGAGAUACAUUUGAGCAAUAAACAAUUUUAAACAAUUCGAAUAUCACGCCCCUCCAAUAAAAGAUUUUCAGCGUCUUUUUACGCUUGUCGAAAAUAACGCUUUUGAAGAACACUUAAGAACCUAAAGAAAAUUUUCUAUUGCCGUAUACUUGAAUUGUUUAAAUAUGGCCUAACGUUCAAAUGUGUCCUUAUCUCUCUUACAGAGUUAUUUUCUCAGCAUUCGAUGUAAUGUGUGUCGUACUACAUUGCAAAGAGCCGCGUAACGUUUGCAGAGUUAUUUUGUGGCAACUUUGCGAAAUUUGCGACGCAAGUCGUUUAUCCUUAUCGUGACCGGCGCUUAGAGACUAAACGUAGAAAGUCAUGCGCUUUAUUACUGUCAAUUGCAUUGCACUCGUUCCUGGAGUUUUACGACAGAGUGACAGUUAUAAUGGACAUGGAAAAACAGAUAAAAUGCCUCAAUUCGAUAUUCCAUUCUCAUUUUAAAUCUCAUUAUUUAAAACACAAUUGAUUGUUUAUAAGAUUUUCUCAUUAAUUUUUGCAAUAUAUUAAUAUUUCUCUUUUGAGUUUCAAGUUAUGAAGAAGUUAUGAAGAUACGAUGAUAUUUAAAUAUGUGUCAAAUUCUUAGCUACCUUUAUAUACUGGCAUAUACUUUAGCAUAUUAUAUAAAGAAAGAGAAUCCAUGUACCAGAGCAUGAUAAAUGUAAUAAAAUCCGCUUACAUGCGCGCAGGGAAUCAGUGUUAUUCCAUUAUUGACAUGCGGGUUUCACAUAUUUUGCCGUAAAAAUUUGAACUAUAUUGAAAUUCUUCGGUUCACGCAUUCAUACGUAUUUUCGAGGAUCCAUUAAUAUCCUCAUUGUGUCGGGCGUAAUAGUUAUUAUAUUAACAUAGUUAUUAUAUUAAUAUAGAUUGUUUCAUGUGGCGUUAGAUCUGCAUCGGAGAUCAUGGGAAAGCCAAGAUGUACAAUUUGGUAGAAAUCACAACAGUUGGCCUAUUUCAAUGCCGUUUUCCAACGCGAUUAUUUGUCCAGUGUUGGACCUUUCGAGAGAGAGAGCCUAUAUAUUUUGAACUUUGUAAUUUCAUUAUAAGGAGUUUUUGAUAUUUCGUAUAUUGUGUUCCGCACAUAUCAAGAUUCUAACUCGUACUGCGCCGACUUAUCGUCAAAUGUAGACCGCUAUCGAUAGACCACAGAACAAGACGUUUUUCAUAUCAUUUACACCUGUUAAAAAGAAAUAACCGUAUAAAUAACAGUAUGAAUAACUCGUGCAGAGAGGACUUCCAUCUUUCGUAAAGUUCUUCUAAAAGGAACGAGUGUCGAUAUGCGCAAAGACCCCACACUUUUCUAUCGGGGAAGAGAAUAGUUGAAUAACUAACAAUGUUAAAAGUAGCGAUUUUCCGUGAAAAAGCGUUCGAAGAAAUCGAAACUCAUGAAACACAUGAAAGUAUUUUAGAUGAGAUCGUCAAACCCACGAACUCGGCGACCGACGUUAAUCGCGGACCCUUGGAGGGCAAAAUAGCGAGACAGCAAUCGAAAAGAAUUCCAGCGAAACAUAACACAGUACCUGCCUACACUUGUUUUUACAAGAAUCAUUUCUUUUGUAUCUCACAGCGGAAGGGAGACAACUAUACGCAGACUACACAAUAUACUUCUUUUUAUACAGAAUGUCCCCGAAAUACUUAUACCUCGACCGCAAUUUUCUUAACUCUUAGGUAUCCAAAUGUGAAACCAACAUAGAUUCCAUGCAAAGUCUUCUGAGGAGAUCCUGUUACGUUUUAAGUUUCGAGACUUUUAAAAAAAUAAAACGCUUGUUACAAAUCCUUAGUUCUAUUUUCAGCAAUGUUGUACAGAUUGUGAUGAUUAUUUAUUCUUUACAAUUAAUUUGAGAGAAAAUUAAUUAGUUGUAAAGAAAAUCACAAUGUUUGGAUAUCUAAAAGACUUCGCAAAAGUAUUCAAGAAAUUAAUAUAGGUACAUUAAUUUCUUAAACACUUAAAAAGUAUAUUUCAUAUCCCAUAUCUUUUUUAUUUUUAAUAUUUUUGUUAAAUUUCAAUUUUUUUUAUUUUAAUCCUUUUUUGCUAAAGAUUCCCUAAUGAGAUGCACCCACUCUUUCUACCUAACAUUCUUCCUACAUUUUGAUUUGUUAUCAUCUUUAGCUUUUCUUCUUCUGUCCAUUUGAAUUUUUUUUCUUGCUUAUCUCAUUCAUCUUGGGAAAUAAAUACCAUUAUCCUGUUUACCAUCUCCGUUGAGACAUUGUCUCCGCCUCCGCACAUGGCUUCGAACCUUAAUUGCUCGAAGGUAUUAGGCUUUGCGGGGUAUCUUUUCUCUUAAUGCCAAAUAAUCGCACAUUUCGCAGCUGUGAAUUUCGGCUUUCUUCUAAUAUAAGUCAUCCCUUUAUUUACCCCUGAAUAAGUUUUUCCCCGUCAAUACGAUCCGUUAUACAUGUUUCUACGAGAAUAUGUUUGUACAGGAACAGAAGUCGAAUUUUGCGCGAACAAUGUGUGCAUGAAUAAUUUUCUAAUACAGACGCGGAUGAUUUCUUGAUAAGCCAUUUCUCCAUUUGCAAGGUUGAAACGCGAGCGUCACCGGACAUUCGUAUACAUUGCACGUCGUUCGUCUGCUCGUUUAUACUAUAUAGUAUAGCAUACGUAUCUCUUGUGUGUCUGUGCGUGUCUGUACGAUACAGAGACAAAGAUUAGAAGAUAACAAAUGCGAUCUUUGGAACGCAAGGGAAAUUUUAACGGAUCGAUUAGAUCGCGAGGAAGGAUAGCGAAGCGACUGCUUAGCGUUACUAUCGGUGCUUCCGAUUAGCCUUAUUAACGAACAAAAGUUUCUCGCAUUGUCAAAUGAAAUACAUUACAUUUGCAUCGACGAGUCACUGACUAUUCCUUUGAUUUUAACAAUCAUUAUUUCUAUCUUAUAUAUUAUAUUCUAAAGGCAUGCUGAAUGAAGGAGAGUAUCGUUAAUUAUUUGAAGCACUAAGAAUGACAAAAUAUGAGAAAGUGUAGAUAAGUUGUUGUUCGAACUACAUUUACGAAUUAGUCUGACCAGUUCGGAGUUAAUUUUUAUUGAGCGACAACUUUUGCAAAUGGAUUAGAUCGAUGUCCCUCUUAAUUCACAGUAUAAAAUAUUUAGACAAUCGUAUAUCAGUUAAGUAUCAGUUAAGUAUAUCGCUUAUAUCUUUGUGUCAUUCUCAGUACUUCAUCUGCUUGUAAAUAUUUCGAAGUGUCUGACAGCGAGCCUGCCUGUGGCAAAUAUUUAUGUAAUCGCCGAUAUUCAGUUACUGCACGUGAUAAGCAUCGCUCGUAAAUUGAUGUGAGUCUAGUUGAAGGGAAGAACAUCCUUUGCGUAUCAGACCACUCUAUAAAUUCAUACUGACAAUUGGAUUCAGUUACGACAAAUCGGAAUACAGUUAGCCUACAGGAAAAAUGUCAACGAUCAACGUCAUAUGUUAGAAUAGAACCUUUAAUUAGCCAUAUUUUUCGAAUAGAUCUCCAGAAACAAUCAGAGAGGAUGAGCGAAAGAGGGAAAGCAGAAAGGAUCGACCAGAAUGUCAAUUUAUUCAUAGCGGAUGUGCAAUUUAUUCAGCAAGCGUGUUUCUCAUUCGGGGAAAUACGUCGCGAGUUGAAACCUUCUUUCUCGCAUUAAAUCGGUCCUUCGGAGCCUAAAUAAAAUGACACUAUGAGAUCUAGUCGACGUGUGUAUACAAAAUAACUAUUCUGUGUAUGUAUGAUGUAUAGAGAAAAUGUGUAAUACGGCAGAAAUUGUUGUAUAGAAAAUAUUGACUGUAAAACUCGAUGUAUUCCGACAAACAGCACCAAUAAACAAGGCCUAAGCGCUA